CAUCGCCACCACUGUCAUCGUCUCCGCUCCUCGACAAUGGCGUCGUCCUCGCCCGGCGCCCGGUCAUGGCGCACGGCGUUCCUCACUCUCAGAGACGAAACCCUAGCUCCACCUCCUCCCCACGCCCUCCUCUCCCUCCUCCGCGACCUCGUCCUCUCCCACCCCUCCGGCGCCCUCGCAGCCGCCGCCGCCGCCGCCGCCGAUCUCCCCCCUCACGAGGUUACUUCCGAUGUGAUGCUUCUUGCGGAGUUGGCGUUGGCGGUGUCCAAGUGCCCGGAUGCGGAUGGCGCCUUGAUUAGCAUCUUGCAUUUGAUUCAUGAUAUUAGCUGCAGGGUACACCUAGAGGUUAACUCUUCAUGGAUCAUGUUACUGAACUUUCUUGAAGAGGUUCUGGACUGUGUACAUGGAAGUGCUUAUAGGAAGAGCUUCUCUUCUAGAACUGCUUCAGUGAAUGCCCUUACCGAAUGCUUGGCGAUUCUCAGACUUAUAGUCAAGGCUUAUGGAAGAACGAAUUUAUCAAUAGAGUCUUCUCAAUUAGUUAGAAUCCUCAUCUCUAUCAUUUCAUGCCUGCACGGCGAGCUACUUAACUCCUACCAGUCAAAUGGGGCUGAUAUUUCUCCUCGGGAUACUGGAACUAGAAGUAUGAGAUAUAACAGCUUAUGGGAAAUGCAGACCCUUGCACUUUCAAUGGUAGGAGAUAUAUUAUCUUGGACUGAUUCUUCUCUCUCUGCAAAUCUAUGGCAAUCUAUAGUUGAGGUUUUGAGGAAAGUUAUGGACUUUUUGGCAUCAAAGAACCUUUUCAUAGAGAACAAUGACAUGUCAAGAUUUUAUGCCACCCUUCUUCAUUGUCUCCAUUUGGUUCUUUCAGAACCUAAAGGUUCUCUUUCUGGGCAUGUGGCAGGUUUUGUGGCAACUUUGCAAAUGUUUUUCAUGUAUGGGCUCCCCAGUAGGUCAUCCAUACCGCCUGCAGCCACUGACUUGAAGGAAAAAGUAGGUGGCUCUCAAGAUUUGAGAUCUGGACCGUCUAGAAGGAAUGAUCAUGGCACUUAUAGACCACCUCACCUGCGUAAACGAGAAGAAACACGGACUAAUUCGAUGGAUCUUCAGAGUUCUUCAGAUUGUGAGUCUUCAAGAUAUGAUUUUACAUCAUCUGACUCAGAUCAUAGUGAUAGUGAUGGAUAUGCUAAAAUUGGAGACCGUUUCCGAAGCUCAAAGGCUAGAUUAGCAGCAAUUUCUUGCAUUCAGGAUCUUUGUCAUGCUGAUCCAAAGUUACUCACUUCGCUUUGGUCACUACUAUUGCCUGAGAAAGAUGUACUUGAACCAAGGAAGUAUCAGGCGACUCUUAUGACAUCUCUUAUUUUUGAUCCUGUGAUGAAGAUACGAAUUGAAGCUGCUUCAACUAUUGCUGCCAUGGUAGAGGGGCAUGCUGUUGUUUUAUCGCAAGUAGCAGAAUACAAAGAAACUUCUAAAUGUGGAUCUUUUACUACACUAUCUAGCUCCCUCGGGCAAAUACUUAUGCAAUUGCACACAGGCAUAUUAUACUUAAUAAGACAUGAAACUCACAGCGGGUUGCUAGCAGGAUUAUUUAAAAUGCUCAUUCUUGUGAUAUCGGCUACACCAUAUGCUCGAAUGCCUAGAGAGUUGCUGCCAACUGUUCUUCAAUCUCUGUGUACUCGGAUAUUUGAGGACCAUGCAGUGAAAAAGGAGCAAUACACGCUCUUGGUUAAUGUGCUUAGUUGCUUGGGGACAGCGUUUUCUAAAACACCUCCUUUGUUUGAUGUCUUAAAAUUGCUUGAAGAAGAUACUUCACAAGGUUCUGAACGUUCCCAACAAGAAUCAAAUGUACUGCUUGUUUUACUCCAAUGUACGGAGAGGGGAAUGCAUCCAAGCAUUAGACUUGAAUCUCUCCAGGCACUUAGAGCAGUAUCUCACAAUUACCCUAGCACUGUAAAGAGAACCUGGAAGCAAGUUUUAGCUAUCAUUAAUGACUUACUGCAGAUAGAAAAUCUUGGUGAUCUUAGUUAUGGAGUUGUUUCUCGGUCAUUGAAAGGAGAUAUUGAGAAAACAGUAGGGUCAACCGCAGAGAAGAGCAUCGUGGCUGGUAUUAAGGUUUUAGAUGCGUGUCUACGUGCAGCAUCUGGUUUUAAAGGAGCUGGUGACCUCCUAGAAUGCAGAUUACUGGAUAUCCAACAAGAUUCCGACUACACCAAAAAGAUAAAGAUUUCAUCUGCCCCUUCUUAUGAACUUGAAAGUCCAGAAGCCUUGGAAAGCUAUACACCAGAUAUCUUAUCUGGGAUUCUGCAGUGGAAUGAAGCAAUUAAAAUGCUUCUUCCCCGGGCUUCGUCACAUACUUCCCCUAUGGUCAGGGCAGCAGCAAUCACAUGUUUUGCUGGAAUGACUUCAGCCGUUUUCUUCUCUCUGACUGAAGACAAGCAAGAAUUCAUUUUAUCUACAUCUGUCACUGCAGCACUAAAUGAUACAGUUCCAUCAGUCAGAUCAGCUGCAUGUCGAGCAAUUGGCGUAAUUGCUAGUUUUCCUCAAAUUAUGUCCAAAUCAAGGGUGCUGAAUGAUAUCAUUCAUGCAGCUGAAUUUAAUACACAUGAUCCAGUAGUCUCAGUGCGCAUUACUGCAUCAUGGGCUUUAGCAAAUAUUUGUGAUUCUCUUCGCUAUAACUUCACUGAAUUGCGCAAGGAGAGUUAUGCAGAUGAAUUAACAGAGUCUAUCAUUCCUUUAUUAGCGGAAAGUGCGUUGAGAUUAACUAAAGAUGGCGAUAAAAUCAAGUCCAAUGCUGUAAGGGCUCUUGGGAAUCUGUCAAGAUUUAUCAAAUUUGAUGACCAUUCUUCUGUUACCCAUUUGCCAAGUGGUUCAGUGUCAGCAUCACAUGGAGAUUCUCAUUGGCUAGAAAGAAUGGUGCAAGCGUUUGUUUCAUGUGUGACCACUGGGAAUGUAAAGGUCCAGUGGAAUGUUUGCCAUGCUUUGAGCAAUUUAUUCAUGAAUGAGGCUUUGAAGCUGCAUGAAGUGUCGUGGGCACCAGCUGUUUUUAGCAUUCUUCUGCUGCUUCUUCGUGACUCGACCAAUUAUAAGAUUAGGAUCCAUGCUGCUGUUGCAUUAGCUGUGCCAGCAUCAAGGCUUGAUUAUGGGAGCUCUUUUUCGGACAUUCUUCAAGGUCUCAUUAAUGUGCUUGAGUCGUUGAAUUCAAACUACUCUUCAUCACCUUCAAGCUUCAAAUAUAAGGGCAAUCUCGAAAAGCAGCUUAUGUUUUCUACUUUGCAUGUUCUUGGUUUCAUUUCAUCUACGGAUGAUCAAGCUUUAAAGGAUUUUCUUGUCAAGAAAGCAUCUUUUCUGGAGGAGUGGUUGAAGUUGUUGCUCUUAUCUUUAAAGGAGGAAGACAACCAUCCUUCGGCUAGCAAGGCUAGUAAUGGGGAUAAGCAGGAGGAUGGCGGUUCUUCACUAUCAUAUGUACCAAAUAAAAUGAUGUUAUUUCGAGCUAUCAACUCCUUGCUUGAUCUCUAUAAACGCAAUAAUCACCAAACCAUUGCUCAGAGAUUCGAAAAUUUGGGAAUUGGCAGGCGGUAUGAGGAGAAUCUUGAAGGCCUGAUAUUUCAUCAUGCUGUUGCCUGUUGCUAAUGUUGAACAACAUUAUUGUCAAAGAGACCUUCAAUCGCGAGAAACACCAUCGACAUGUUUGGGUACGUAUGAAAGCGCCAAUUAUCGUUUUUGUUUACCAUUACGUUAAGCAAAUUUGGCCUAGCUAUACAAUCUGAGUGCCAUAAUGAUAUUUAUUAAUUUUAGUACUACUAAAACAUCAAGGACCAGUGCUAAUGAUAGAGCUACUGACAAUUACGUUUGAUCC